AUGAGUAACUUAAAGUUGUUCAAGGAAAAAUUAUUGUUUGUGUCUGUAGAAAAGGUUGGGUCCUUAUUCCUUAUUACUCUUUUUUAUGUAUUUAUUUUGUAGGUGUUAUAGAGUUUAUCUGGUUCUUAGACCUUACAAGCAGUCGUUGUUUGACUUUCUGAAAGGGCGGUUCAUCAUGAAGUUGGAGGUGCCUGAAACCUUUGAAGAUGUUGCUGUUGAGUUUUCAGGAGAGGAGUGGGAAAUGCUGAGUAAACCAGAGAAAGAGCUACACAAGGAGGUGAUGGUGCAGAACUAUGAGAACAUGAUUUCUGUAGGGUAUAACAUCCCAGUGGACCAUCUUUGGUUGUAUAUUAAGAACUUUGAGACAGUUUCACCUUGUGAGACCAAAGCAGGAAUGAUGGUGCAGCAAAUACUGGUUCCUGGUACCAGAACCAGCAUCAUCAGGAGUGGAAAUUUCCCUGAGAUCCAGUGCCUGCAAUCAACCCAUGGAAAACACCAAGAUUCUGAAUGUGACACACUUCUUCCAGAUCAGAUUUCAGUCAAAAGAGAAGACGCAGUGCAGUUUGAAACUAGAACUGAUGACCCUAUGGAAAGUAAUGAGAGGUUUAUCAAAAAAACUGAACAAGAAAUUCAUCUGCAAACUAAAGCAGGGGAAACACCAUACAGCUGUCUUAAUCACAGCAAAAAUGUAACAUUUUGUAGUAACAACUUAACUGAUCGAGUUAGACACAGGUGGAAAAAGCAGAAGACCUUGGUACCGAAUGAGCAAGUGCUCAGUGGAAAGAAACUGCGUAAAUGUUCCACAAAUGACAAGGGUUUAAGAGACCAACAAAAUGGAGGAGUAACCAAGAUUAUUCCUACUGGGCAUCAGCCCUUUAAAUGCACAAUGUAUGACAAAAAAUAUACAGAGACGUCUAACAUGAAAAAACAUCAGUUUCUGCACAGACAGAAAAAACUAUAUAAAUAUGCCAUAUAUCACAAGAACUCAAUCCCUAAACAUUUGUUAGUGCUUCUGACUAUCAGCAAUAGACAGAAACCAUACAAACGUGCCACACAUGGCAAGAGUUUUACAGAAAAGACUAGCAUGGGAAAACAUCACAAUAUUCAGAGUGUGAUCUCUCAAGAUAUUAAAAAACAUAAACACCUUGAAGAAAUUAAACAAAGGCAGAAACCCAAUAAAUGUACUACACGUGAUAAAAGUUUUGAAUAUAAAGUCACUCUGUUAAAUCACCAGGGCAUUCACAGAGGGCAGAAGCCAUAUAAAUGUAGUAUGUGUGACAAGAGUUUUAGUGACAAAAGCAAUGCGAGACGUCACCAGAGUAUUCACCUGGAGCAGAAACCAUAUCUGUGCACAAUCUGUGGCAAGAGCUUUGUGCAGAAGAGUCAUUUGGUGACUCACCAGAUGAUCCACAGUAGGAAGAAACCAUACAAAUGCCCAGAGUGUGAUGAGAGUUUUCGCUACAAAAGGACAAUGGUACGUCAUCAGAGCAUCCACACUGGUGAAAAACCCUAUAAAUGCACCAUGUGUGACAAGAGUUUUAGUGAUGAGAUCACCAUGUUGAGUCAUCAGAACAUCCACACUGGUGAGAAAUCCUAUAAAUGCAGUAUGUGUGACAAGAGUUUUAUGUACAGAGCAUCAUUGUUCAGUCACCAGAGCAUCCAUACUGGGCAGAAACCAUUUAAAUGUGCCACAUGUGAUAAGAGUUUUACAGCUAAGAGAUGGCUGAUAAUCCAUCAGAAUGUACAUAUUGGAAAGAAGCCCUACAAAUGCACCAUGUGUGACAAACGUUUUAGUGACAAAAGCUCCAUGACACGUCAUCAGAGUAUUCACACGGGGCAGAAACCAUAUUUGUGCAGACUCUGUGGCAAGAGCUUUGUGCAGAAGAGUCAUCUGGUGACUCACCAGAGUAUCCACAGUGGGAAGAAACCAUAUAGAUGCCCAGAAUGUGAUGAGAGUUUUCGCUACAAAAGGACUAUGAUAAGUCAUCAGCGCAUCCACACUGGUGAAAAACCCUAUAAAUGCACCAUGUGUGACAAGAGUUUUAGUGAUAAGGUCACCAUGCUGCGUCAUCAGAACAUCCACACUGGUGAGAAGUCCUAUAAAUGCAGUAUGUGUGACAAGGGCUUUAUAUACAGAGCAUCAUUGUUAAGUCACCAGAGCAUCCACACUGGGCAGAAACCAUAUAAAUGUACCAUGUGUGACAAAAGUUUUGGAUACAGAAGUAAUAUGGCGGCUCACCAGAGGAUCCAUACUGGACAAAAACCUUACAAGUGCUCAGUGUGUGACAUGAGUUUUACAAGGAGGAAUCACGUGAUAACACAUAUGUAUAUCCAUGGUGGGCAAAAACCCUAUAAAUGCACAGCGUGUGACAAGAGUUUUACAAAGAGGAAUGAAAUGACAAGACAUAUGUACACCCAUGGUGGGCAAAAGCCCUAUAAGUGCACAGUGUGUGACAAGAGUUUUACACAGAGGAAUCAGAUGACAAGGCAUAUGUAUAUCCAUGGUGGGCAAAAACCCUAUAAAUGCACAGUGUGUGACAAGAGUUUUACACGAAGGAAUCAAAUGACAACACAUAUGUAUACCCAUGGUGGGCAAAAACCCUAUAAAUGCACAGUGUGUGACAAGAGUUUUACACAGAGGAUUCACAUGACAACACAUAUGUAUAUCCAUGGUGGGCAAAAGCCCUAUAAAUGCACAAUGUGUGACAAGAGUUUUACACAGAAAACUCGAAUGAUAACUCAUCAGUGUAUACAUAAUGAGCAGACACCUUAUAAAUGUGUUACAUGUGAGAAGAGUUUUACAGUUAAGAGAAGUCUGAUGCUGCAUCAAAGACUCCACCGACGAUAGUGUAUAAGCACCAUAUGUGGCAAAGUUUUAAAAGAAAUAAGUCUGACAGUGCAUCAAAGUAUCUGCAGUGGGGAUCCACUGUAUACUACAGAACAAUAACUUUCCUUCCAAUGACAUAUAAACUAUA